AUGGAGCAUGACGCAGGACUUCGUCAGCCUGAUUUCUCCACCGCGGCAGGUGCCCUGAGGCUGGCAGCAGAACAUCUGGAGCUCUGCGACAAUCUUCCCGCGGUGGACGGCGGUGCUCGUCUGGCGCAAAGGAUGGAUGCUGUUUUGGAACAGCUCACCAUGCUAAACCGGAAGGUCGACGGCAUAGAUCGCCGGAUGGACGUCUUGGAUCGCAAGGUCACGGUGUCAAACCGCAACGCGGUGGUGCAGGCGCGGAAUGCCACAGUCGUGCGCGGAGAUAUGGACCUGGUGCCUUUGCACAGCGUCCUGACGGGCGAAGUGAUUGAGGUUUCCCUGACAAUGUCAACCAGUUGGAGAGAUUGCAUGUACGGGACGUCGAUCAACUGUUACGCCACAUGGGAAUCCACCGCCGGCUCGGCAGCGGAGAAGAAGAGGAACCUGAAGUUUGCCACCGGGCUGGUCACACGGGAGCUGUGA